AGUGGGAGGAAGAGAAGGAAUAGAUGAAAAAGGAACUGAAGAGGAAUCAAGAAAAUAGAUGAAAAAGGAUUACAUAACUUUCUUCGUAAAGAGUGUCGUUUUGAUGAAUUUCCUCCUGAAGUAGAACUUGAGUCAUCUUCUUCAUCAUAUCUUGACAUGGAGGAAGAAAAUUCUGAAAUACUUUCUCAAACUCAACAACAACAAAGAACAGAAGCUAACGCUUGGAGACAUGGCAUUGCUGAAGCUAUGUGGGCCGAUAGACCACAAAAUGAUGCUAAUGAGGAGAAUGAAGAAGGUUUUGGUGAUAAUGAAGUUGAAAUGGAAGACUAUGUUGUUAACUAAUUUUAUUUUUCAAUUAUCUUUUAAAAUUUUGAAUAAUGACUUCUCUUGAGUUGUCUUUAGAAUUUCAUUGUUGAUGAGUUUUGACAUACAAGAAGAAUAGCGUAUAGAUAAUAUUAAUUUUAGAUAGAUAGAGAGAGAGAGAGAUGGGAAGAGCCCCUUGCUGUUCUAAAGAAGGACUGAAGAAAGGCCCCUGGUCUACCAAAGAGGAUUCCCUUCUCACCCAUUACAUUCAACAACAUGGUGAAGGCCAAUGGAGAGCUCUGCCCAAAAAAGCUGGGCUGCUUAGGUGUGGAAAGAGCUGCAGGCUGAGAUGGAUGAACUAUCUGAGGCCAGGGAUCAAACGGGGGAACUUCACCACCGACGAGGAGGAUCUGAUCGUACGGCUCCAUUCUCUUCUCGGAAACCGGUGGUCCCUCAUCGCCGGAAGGCUGCCCGGCCGGACCGACAACGAGAUUAAGAACUACUGGAACACGCAUCUGAUCAAGAAGCUCAAGAGCUCCGGCGUCGAGCCCAAACCCGGGAAACCCAUCAAAGAUUCCGGGAAAAGGCCCAAAAAACCGGCCCACAAGAAGAAGAAUAAGAAGCAGAUCAAGAAAUCGGGAGGCGGCGUCAAGGCGGAGGAAGGCGCGGAGGAGAAGCCGCACAAAGUGUACGCCCCGAAGCCGAUCCGGCCGCCGGUUUCUCUGUCGAGGAACAGCAGCAUCGACGACCUCGCCGGAAGCGUGUCGUCCUGUUCCGGGGAGAACGGAGGCGCGGCGGCGGCGGCGGCGGUCCAUUUCAUUCCGUGGCAUAUGUACGAGCUGCGGGACGGGUUCUGCGACGAGAUCCUCAACGGCUGUGAGGGUUCGCCGCCGGCGGCGCAUUGUGAUGUUUCCGGAAACGAUGGAAUGCUAGAUAAGGUGUAUGAUGAGUAUCUCCAGCUUCUUUCUGAGAAUUCUUUUCUUGAAGACGAUCUGUUGGGUUCGGAUCUGUAGCGGGCCGGUUUCGGGCUUUGAAUUCAUUCAUUCAGCCUAGCCGGGUCUUUGUUUGUAUAAUACUCCCUCCUAGGCCCUAGCUAGUCAGUACUCCGUAUUUUUUGUAUUAUUUCAACAAGUCAACAACAACAAAAAAAACCAAUUAUGUGGUAAGUGAUUUGUUUCCGAUCACCAAUCUAACCAUUUCUAGAUAAAUUAUGAAUAAUAUGUCCGUCGUCAUCAACACCUACAUCUGAAUCUGCUUGGCAUGAUGAAUCAGAACUCAAGUACACCAUUUCAUCUCCGGGAAUGAGAGAUAAGACAAAUUCAUUUACCAUUUCUACAACUUCGAGCGUGGGUGCUAGUAGUGCCCUGUCUUGAAAAAAAGAAUAACUUCUCAUUUUCUCCAAUAAGUUCGGAUAAUAAAAUUUUUCCAAAAUUUGAAAUCAAUAUUAAAUUUCUAUUUUAAAAUAAAAAGAAAGGUCAAUUCAUCAUUAAUAAAAUUUGCCACAUAAGCAACCAAUAAAGGCUUGCGAUCUCACCUUAAUAUAGCCCACAGAAGCUUGACACUUGGCGACUUUCUAGCAAACGGAGUCUCAAAUAUUAUAUUAAAGGAUUAUAUUGUUUAUAACUAAAAAGAAAUUUUUAUACAAUCCUUUUUUAAUUAUGAAAUAUUAUAAAAUGUUAAGUGAAAU